AAGUCUACCAUAUUAUUCGCUUCUUGCUGCAUUCGUGUAUUCUCUUUUCUCUGACCGUCAUAUAUACAUAUACAUAUAUUUAUAUACACGUUAAGUGAUUCUUUGCAGCUUACGGCGGCAAGAAAAACAAAGAUAAGAAAAGGUUAAAGGAGCAGAAAAAUCACGCCAAGUGUUCGAAUCAGCUUGAGCACGUAUUAUCACCGGGAACUGUAUCGCGAAAUGGAGAAUAGUGGUGAGAGCGGAGACGACCCCUUGGGAUCAACGGCGUUUCUGGGAGGAGGUACCGUCGCGGCGUCUUACAUAGGCGGACAAUCGGAUAUGGAAGAUGACCCUGAGAAUACGGAUGAUUCCAACCAUGGUACUGGAGAUCCCUUGCAAAGUCCUGGGGUUUCCACUGGGGGUGGGCCACUUCGUGAGCAGGAUCGCUUCUUGCCGAUAGCAAAUGUCGCCAAAAUUAUGAAAAGAGCGAUUCCAGAAGCUGGAAAAAUAGCUAAAGAUGCGCGUGAAUGUGUUCAAGAGUGCGUGUCAGAGUUCAUCUCAUUUAUCACGUCGGAAGCGAGUGACAGGUGUCACAUGGAAAAACGUAAAACUAUAAAUGGUGAAGACAUUUUAUUUGCCAUGACUACUCUUGGUUUUGAUAAUUAUGUCGAGCCUUUGAAAAUGUAUCUGCAAAAAUAUCGUGAGGCAACAAAAGGUGACAAUCCUCCCAAUACUGGAGCUACAACUGGCAAUGGAAAGUCAGAGCCGCAAGGCAUGUAUGAAGAUCAAUUAUUUGCCAUUACCGCGACAGCAUCGAGCGUAACCAGCGCUGACACCUCUGUCAUUUAUAGUUACUCGUCCAAUGAGCAGAUGCAAUUUCAACUUUCCUGAUCAUUGGGAAUUAAAGUGAUUUCGAUAUAAUGUAUUUGUUCUAAGACACACUGUGUGAUUUGUGAAACAGAUCGUAAAAACGAAUGCGCACAGAUUAAUUUUGUGGGAAAAACAAACGUUCUUUGCCUAGCGAUAUGUAGGCAACAAAGUAUAUUUUAAGUUUUAACGUUAAGUAUGAUUAUAAGAUUCGGUCGAGAAACCGAAAUUAGUAAUCGCGAAUUAAAAUAACUUUAUGUACCUUUGUAAAAAAGCAACUUGUAAGUAUGAGCGUAAAUAAACCAGGAGACUGAAGAAAGAUA